AUGUCCUCUACCACUGUUCUACUUGACCGAAAUCUAUUCACUCUUUCUUAUGAUAGUCUUUCAGAAGUGGAGAGAACCCGGAUGAGCUAUCUCCGAGCUCGAAGCAUCACGAGAUACCAUGGCUUCGCGCCAAACGAUAUUCUACGCCUAACACCCAAGUUCUGGGCCUUUCACCAUGAUGAUAUUUGCGCUUUUGAUAUUUCCGCGUUCUCACUCAUUACCAUCCAAUGCAACCUCGUCGCCGGUACCUUGGCUGCCUAUGCCAAGAAGAAGACCGAGUACCAAAAUCUUGUCAAACAUGUGCUGAGCUUUGACGUUCAAGGGCAGUAUAUGCUUACCGAGCUAGGCCAUGGCCUCGAUGCCAAGCAUCUAGAGACGACAGCAACCUUAUUGCCAGACGGUAGUUUCGAUCUACACACUCCUCACUUGCACGCGGCCAAGUACAUGCCUCCUACAUCACCGGUAGAGGGAUUCCCACAACUUAUAGUGGAGAACGAAGAUCGAGGCGUGCGGCCUUUUGUUGUCUGGCUGAACAACGGCCGGGAAAUGUGCCCUGGCGUUACAUGCAGAGUGCUUCCCCGUCGAGCCGGCUCCAAGCCCCUCGACCAUUCGAUCACCAGCUUCAACCACGUUCGUCUCCCAGCAUCUGCGCUGCUGGGCUCUCUCGCCAAGCCGGACGAUCCCCGCCAGAACUUCCUGCACGUCAUCUCACGGAUUAGGGUCGGCACGAUGGCCAUCUCGACCACCCUCCUCCCGAUUCUCAAGCGCUGUGCGUUUGUGGCGGGGAAGUACAGCCUCCGCCGUUGCAUCACCAACCCUGAAGGCAGUCUCAUCUCGAUAUUCACCUUUCGGACCCAACAGAAACCCAUUCUGCACGCGCUGGCCCAGAUCGCCGUCUUCGAGGCCUGGAUCCCCCAGUGCAUUGCACAGUACACAGACCCAACCCUCGCAGGCCCUGUCCGCCACGCACUCGGCGUCUGCGUCAAGGCCGUCCUAUCCAAGGCGGUCCAGCACAGCGGGUUCCACCUCGCCGAGCGCUGCGGCGCCCAGGGGCUGUACGAGUACAACCACAUUGUCGAAUCGCAGCUCGAAAGCCGAGGGAUUGCUGUCUCGGAGGGGGAUACACUGGUUCCGAGUAUUCGCCUAACAACCGAACUCCUCCUGAACCGCUACGCAGUGCCCCAGCCCAGGCACCCUGCCACUCUUCUAGCCCAGCACGAGACCGGCCUGCUAGCUGCCGCCCGCACGCGCCUCCACACAAUGUCCGACGGCCACCGCGGCGCCGAUUACAACCGCGUGCUCCUGCCCCAGUGCCUGCCUAUCGUCGAGGCGAUCGGCCAGCGCAUGGCCUACGAGGCAGCGCUGGAUGCCGGUGUUGAACCGAAUCUUCUGGCGCUGUACGAGGCGGGGGUGGUGUUGCAGGAUCCGGCGUGGUAUGCGGAGCACUGCGGGCUAUCACGUGGGGCGCAACUGGACCAGGAGCGGCGGGCGCUGGAUGCGCUGGAGCCUAGGGUUGAGGAGCUGCUGGACGGGCUGGGGGUGGAGCGGUUUUGCACCGCGCCGAUUCUUUCGGCGGAGCAGAUGGAAAGGUUUGUGGCGGGGUUGCCGACUUUUGGGGAGGACGGGAACAGGGAGAAGCAGAGGGAGAGUCGGCUAUGA